UGAGAGAAACUCAAAUAUGGCAGCGGAAAAGCCAGAAGAAUGGCCAGCAAAAAUGACAAAAGCACAGGAUAAGGAGAAUCUCUGGCUCGACAUAUUGAAUGAGCAAAAAGGUGCCGCAAGAAGACUGGUAUCAAACAAAUCCGUAAUCGUUUUUGGCGAUAAUGGAACCGGCAAGACGUCCCUCCUGGCCAAGCUGAAUGGAAAGAAGUCGCCGGAGUAUGGCGUCAGCUUGGAGUAUGACUACAUUGAUGUCAGGGACGACAUCAAUGGUGACAAGGCGCAGUUGGGAGUUUGGACAAUCAAUGGUGACAUUGGGCACACAAAUCUGUUGCCCGUUGUAUUCAACGAAGAUAACUUUGGAGAUGUGCUCGUCAUGCUCACAGUUUCGAUCACCGAGCCCUGGGCCUGGCCGAAGCAGCUCAAACAUUGGGUAAACGUGCUGGAACGCCAUAUUGAAAGCCUACCGCUGGCUGCCGAGAAAAAGGUGCAGGCACGCGAGCGGCUUGCAACAAUUUGGCAGAGUUACGGCUACACGGGAUCGUGUCUGAAACAAGCUAUCGCUGCGGAUGAUCUGUCGCCGCUGACCGAGGAUGCACUUACCACAAAUCUUGGGGUCGACCUUGUCGUUGUGGUUACAAAAACCGACUGCAUGGGCGGCACCUUUCUGAAGGAGAACGACUAUUGUGAUGAGCAUAUUGAUUUUAUGCAGCACUGGAUACGUAAUUUUUGCCUUCGUCACGGCGCUGCACUCUUCUAUACGAGCAUCAAAAAAGCCACAAACUGUGAUCACCUCCGAAAGUAUCUAUUGCAUCGCAUCUAUGGUCUGCCGUUCCAAACUCCACCGAUGGUCGUUAACGAGGACGCUGUACUCAUUCCGGCUGGUUGGGAUACCCUGAGAAAGAUUGAUAUUUUGUUUGAGAGCAUCCAUGGCAUCAAGGCCAAUAGUGACUACACGGACAUCAUCAAGGCGCCUUCUACUGGAAAUGUGAUUUUCAAUAGAAAUUUGGAAUUUGUGGAAACCGUAGACGAGCAGGCCUUCCUGGCCCACCAAAUGGAGAUACUCAAGCUGCUUGACCAAUCAAAGGCAAAGGAAGGCGGCGAUGGCAUACACUGCACACGCCAGUCCUUCACUGGACAGAGCUCCUCCAUGAAAACUGAACAUUAUGAUUCCCCUGAUCGCGUCACAAUUUUGUCAAAAUUUUUCGCCGAGCUUAGGGAGAAAAAGUCGGAGAGUCCCUCUGGCGAUGGUCCAGUGUCGGUGUCUAGUCGCAACGCCAUCGAGAAGUUGGGAAUAUCCUUGCAGCCGGGCGCAGAAUUGGGCCCCUUGUCACGCAUCGCCGAAAAGAAGGAAGAUCAGGUGAAACCAGAGUAACCACAACAGAACAUGAAUAGACACGAUCGAAUUAAAAACAACGACAUUGGCAGAUUACAAUA